GUUUCGAAGGAGCCGCCGUUGGCUCCAUCUUCCUCCUCCUUCACCUUAGCUACUUCUCAAAACCCACUCUCUCUGUCUCUCUCUGUUUCUCUUUAACUCUCUCUACUCCAAUUUCUCCAUAACCCUUCUCCUGCUUCCUCCUAGAUCCUCUCGCAGUUCGCGAUUAGGGUUUCCUUUGUUGUAGUCGGCUUUCGUCGCAUUGAUCUCUGGAUAUCAUGCCCCUAUGCUUCUUCAUUUGUUACCUCUGCCUGUUUGAUUUAUAAUUAGGUUUAGCCGAUCUCCAGUUUAUGGAGAUGGAGGCCACACGUAGAUCUAUCUUGGACCGCUCGAGGGAGCCAGGCGCAAAGAAACCUAGACUGGCAGAGGAGAGCGAGCGGGACCGCGGCCAUUCCGUCGGCGUCACAUCUGAUCGGAGUCGUUCCUUUUCGCAGGCCAGGCCGGCAGUCGGCAGCGGCGGAGGCAACCCGAGAUUUAAGGCGAGCGAGAGGGAGGAAAGGGAGGAAGUGGGAAGAGGGGGAGCGUCUUAUCAGCAGCAGCAGCAGGAGUUGGUGGCGCAAUACAGGACGGCACUCACGGAGCUGACUUUUAAUUCGAAGCCUAUUAUUACUAAUCUUACGAUCAUUGCCGGGGAGAGCCUACAUGCUGCUAAGUCUAUUGCUGCCACUGUCUGUGACAAUGUUCUUGAGGUUCCUACUGAGCAAAAGUUGCCAUCUUUGUAUCUUCUUGAUAGCAUCGUGAAGAAUAUUGGAGGAGAUUACAUUAAAUAUUUUGCGGCAAGAUUACCACAGGUAUUCUGCAAAGCCUACAAACAAGUUGACCCUUCCAUACAUCAUAGCCUGAGGCAUCUAUUUGGAACAUGGAAAGGGGUAUUCCCCACUUCUUGCCUCCAAUCAAUUGAGAACGAAUUGGGCUUUCAACAUGUUGUAAAUGGUUCAUCUGGAAGCACCGGAACAAGGCCAGAUGCUCAUUCACAAAGGCCAUCCCACAGUAUUCAUGUUAAUCCAAAGUAUUUGGAGGCUAGACAACGCUUUCAGCAAUCCACAAGGGGGAAGGAAAUAAGCAGCGAAGACAUUGAUGAAGUUGUUGCACCAGUUGAUGAUACAGAAAGGUCCAUUCGAAAUCCUAGUGCUGGGAGUAUUAGGCAGUGGUCUGAAUUAUCUAAUAAGGAUGUUCAACUCCCUCAAAGGGAACAACCAAGUGACUUUAUUAAUGAGAGAAAAGGUUACAAGGAUAUAAGAGAUCCUGUUUUUUCUUCUCAAGUUCCACGACAGCAAGAUAUGGGAGUGGGGAGGAUCAGUGGCCGGGUUAAAGAUUUAGAUGAACUAAGGAGGACCGUUGAUCAGAUUAGUGAGUUAGAUGAACCAAACAAACCCUAUUUUGAGACCGGUGUGGCAGCUCAAUCAACAGUCUAUAGAAGAAAUGGUUUUGAUGCAAAUCAUGCUUAUGGUAGCUAUCGAGCAUUAAAGUCUGCUCCAAAUAAUAGUCAGGUAGCUUCAAUCCAUUCUAAUAGAACAAACUGGCCGGUUUCUAAAAAUUGGAAAACUUCUGAGGAGGAAGAGUAUGUCUGGGAUGAAAUGGGUUCCAGAUCAGCAGAUUAUGAGGGAGCAAGAAAUAAAAGAAACAGUUUGAGUACUGAUGAUCAGGACAAGUUACCUGGCUUGCAAAGUCGUGAGUGGAUGCCCAUGGAGACUGAUCAAGUUGACUCCAGAUUAAAAAAAAUUGAUGCAGUUAAUCCGCGUUCAAAAACUGUAGGAAUAGAAGAUAGAGUUCAUUUCACAAGCGAUGGUGAAGAGCACUAUUCACAACAACAUCACCAAGAGAUUGAGCCGAGAGUAAAGAAGGGUACAUGGCCUCUGCCUCUGCGUGACCGACUACUGCCAGCUCUUGGGUUAGAUCAUACGAUAUCAACGGUUUCAGGUCAAACAGAGUGCAGGCCAACACCUCUUGGUGGUGCUUUAUCUACUAAUAAUGAUAAUUCAAUCAUGCCCAAGUCUGGAUUACAAUCUACUCUUCCUUCAAGCUUGGGCUCUUCUAUAGAUGGAUUAGGAUCGGGUGGAGUUUUAGGGCAGCAGAGGCAACUGCUUCUGCGAUCUCCUUCACCCGUCUUUCCUUCCAUCCCAUCUGCUCCCCUUCAAAAACAGAAACUACGUGGUCUAAUGGACCAAGAUUAUCUUCCAGUUCACUCAUCUCAAAUAGGUCAGAAAUCAAGCCAGCUUGCAGACCAGUUAAACAGGGAUCCAUUUGCACCAGCCAUUCAUGACUCUUUUCCAGUUUUAUCGGAAAAACCAGUUCAAAAGACUCAUGCGACAUUUAAUUCACAGCCUUCCCUGCCACUUACUUCUUUGCCCGUCUUAUCACCAUAUCCGGAGCAACAUAGGUCUUCAUUGCGACAGUCUCAGCCUGAUCCAUUAAUGCAGGCUGUCCAGAAUGAGACCUCAGCACCUGUAUCCCAGGGUUUUAGCCCUAAUAAGUCAAAAGGAUUGUCUGGUGUGAUGCACUCUAAUUGCCCCAUUGAUGUUUCUAGGCAAUCCAACAACAGUAAUUUAUUGGCUUCAAUUUUGAGUACUGAUGUUUUGCCUGACAAACCAGCAAGUGGUUUGAAUAUAAUACAUCCUCCCCUUCCAAGUGGUCCUCCACCCGCACAAGCGUUGACCUCCUCUGCUUCUUUGCCAACUUCAUUCGCAGAAAUGACAUCUUCUCAUGGCAUUGCUCCUGCUUUUGCACCCCUUUUUCUAGGAGGAGGCAGGCUACCUCCAUUGCCACCUGGUCCUCCACCUUCAAUAUCACUAGUAGGCACCUCUUCACAAACCAUCAACUCAGCUAGCAUUGGUCUGAAUCCACUUUCGAGCCUCCUGAGCUCAUUAGUUGCAAAGGGCCUAAUAACCUCGGCAUCGACAAAAUUGCCAACCAUUACUUCUAGUCAGAUGUCAAAGGAAAGCUUGAGUCAGAACAGUGAUCUAGAUGCAAGUACAUCUACCCCACCGCUUUCUUCGAAAGAGCUUAUAAUCUGUUGUGAGGCAUCUAGUCCGCACCGAGCCUCCUUGGAUGACAGUCUGAUAGGUAUUCAAUUCAAGACUGAAAUUAUUCGCGAGUUUCAUCCUUUGGUGAUUGAUAGCCUCUUAGAUAAUCUAAAGCAUCGAUGCAUGAAAUGUGGUCUGCGAUUGAGACAUCAACAUGAGCUUCAGAGUCACUUGGAUUGGCAUAACUCGAAUGACUCAGAAAUAAGUAGUAUGGACAAAGCGUGUCGGAGAUGGUAUUCAAGCAUCAGCAGCUGGAUUUCUGGAGAUGUCACGCCACCAUGUGGGCCAGUACCUAUCAUUCCCAUAGAAGCCGCACCUUCUCAAGUGAUACCAGAGCCUAUGGUUACUGCAGACGAAAGGCAAAGCAUAUGUGCUCUUUGUGGAGAACCAUUUGAGGACUUCUAUUCUAUUCAGAGGGACGAAUGGAUGUACAAAGGGACUACUUAUCUGAACCUAACGGAUGAGAAAUGUGUUUCCAGAGGCAUGGAAAAUAGCAUAGUGGAGGUCCCCAUUGUGCAUGCUAAGUGCAUUUCAGCAUCUGCCGUUAAUGGAGAUUUUACUCGGUACAGUUGACUAAUAAUGGAGUUCAAUCUUCCCCUUCAGUUCGGUAUGAACUGUGUUUUGCAUCUGAAACUCAUUAUGCUUAAUGAGCUGCACUGUAACGGCUCCUGGCAAUGGAAGCGGGGGCAUUACUGGUUUGAGGUUUGCUGGUUGCUUUUGACACUCUUUUUGAAUUUCAUUAAGUUUGAUAAUAUGAAUAUAUGAAUCAUUUUGAUAGUGUUAUUUGUGCAUCAUAUAAAAUUUGCAAGAUAUAGACAUGAAAAUAGGGUUAAUCAUGAAUUUGUGCUAAUAGUUGAAGUUAGAAAAAAAAAAUUUAUUUUUUUUUAGUCAACGGUGAUGAAGAGCUCGUUCAGUUCCAGCAACAAAUUUUAAAUGCUUUUUUUUUGUAGAAAACCAAAAAACACAACGAAAUAUCUGGAUGGAGAUAUGGUUUAAUAAAGAUGAGGGAUGAUUGAUCUUGAAAUUGUGACUUAGAUGAUUCGACGUGGAGAGCUGCUUAGUUUAGGGAAGAUGUUGUUUGUUGUACCAAAUUAAUUGAUAGAAAACAUUUAAUUUGUAUCAUUGUUAUCUUACCUAAUCUCUAUAUAUUCUUAGGAGCAGUUGUGACUACCCUUUUUGGGCUGUAUCAGCGGUUUUGUGGCAAAUAUUUAUUUUCUUUUAUCGAACUGUAUGUAUUUGAAAUAAUUUUGUUUUGCCCUAAGAAGGACAUAUGCAUGUAUGAAACAUGGUUUAGCAUCUAUAUAAUUCUUCUGCAUUUGGAUUA